AUGGAGAACAUAUCUUUCAAUAUGGUAUUCACCCUUUCUGGCCUUAAGGAGUCAAAAGUAAACAGAUAUAUAUAUUUUGUUUUUGUUUUAAUUGUUUACUUGCUAAUUAUUUUAUUUAAUGUGACUGUGAUUGUGACAAUUAUUCUAGAGAGAGCACUCCAUGAGCCCAUGUACAUCUUCCUGUGUAACCUGUGUUUUAAUGGACUGUAUGGAACUGCUGGCUUCUACCCUAAAUUCCUGUCUGACUUAGUGUAUGGCAUUCAUCUCAUCUCAUACAAUGGCUGCUUGCUACAAAUAUUUGUAAUAUACAGUUAUGGAGUGUGUGAGUAUUCAACAUUAAUGAUAAUGGCUUAUGACAGGUUUGUUGCAAUAUGCAAACCGUUGGAGUAUCACAUGAAAAUGGCUUCUAAGACAAUUGGGAGAUUAAUUUUGUUUUCAUGGUCAUUUGCCUUUCUUACUGUAUUUGGUGGAAUUGUGUUAACAAGCAGAUUGCGAUUAUGUGGAUCCCACAUUGAUAAAUCCUACUGUGACAACUGGUCAGUUGUGAAGUUGUCUUGUCUACCAACUACAGUUAAUAAUGUGUAUGGUUUUUUUGUUAUCCUUUCAGCAGUAGUACAGGGAUUAUUUGUUGUGUAUUCCUAUAUGCGGUUGAUUAAUGCAUGCAGAAAAUCAAAGGAGAAUAAGAAGAAAUUUAUGCAGACCUGUGUACCACAUUUGCUUUCAUUAAUCAACUUUACACUAGCUAUUCUUUUUGACACAAUGUUCAGUCGAUAUGAGUCAAGGGAUUUCCCACAAAGUUUACGUAACUUCCUGCAACUGGAAUUUCUAAUAAUUCCCCCACUUUUGAAUCCCAUUAUGUAUGGGCUGAAACUAGCGAAGAUACGCAAAGUAGUUUUUCGACAUCAUAGGCAAAUUGAAGAUUCACUGCAUACAAAAAAAAGAUAA